GCCGCUUCAGGUCGCUGCGGGCUGUGGACCAACAGACAAAACCCUCCGACCGGCAAGCAGCCAUGCAGCCCUGACCUUGUGUCCGUCUCCUCCCGUCGUCUGCUACAGUCCACGAUCUCUGACUGACGGACAAUUCCUCUUGUUCAUGGAUAGAUGAAUCUUCCAGGUCCCUGCUGUUGAGCCUCCUGUGUUCCUUAGCUUGUUUACGCCGUUGGUUCGAAACUCUGCGUGCGUGCUUUUCUCCUCUGUCGCCCUCCUGGGUUCGGAUCGAGCCGCCAUGUUGGACCCUAUUCCCCCUCCGCCGGAGUGGCUUCAAAAUCUCGUCCGACCGUUCGCUGAAUACGUCUCUCUGCCCUCUCUACAAUAUCAUAUUCACGAAGUCCUUGCCGCCUUCGUUUUCUACCAGUUCGUCCAAUCCGUUAUCUCACCGGCUCUCUCGUCGUGGUUGUUCCCAAAGAUAUAUCCGAAUUUCCCGCGACGGACGAAGCUGAACUGGGAUGUCCAUGUUGUCUCGCUUGUGCAGAGCACGCUUAUUAACGCUGUGGCUCUUUGGGUCAUGUUUGUGGAUGAGGAGCGAAAGUCGAUGAGUGCUGCUGAGAGGGUGUACGGGUAUUCCGGCUCCUGUGCGCUCAUCCAAGCCAUGGCAACGGGAUAUUUUCUGUGGGAUUUGAUUGUCAGCACGCUGCAUGUCAGGAUUUUUGGCAUCGGCCUGUUAUUUCAUGCCAUCAGCGCAUUGUGGGUGUUUAGCUUGGGAUUCAGGCCGUUUGUAAAUUAUUACAGCCCGGUCUUCAUUCUCUACGAGCUCUCCAGCCCGUUCCUCAACUUCCACUGGUUCUUCGACAAAGUCAACAUGACAGGUAGCAGAGCCCAAUGGUACAAUGGCAUGGUUCUCCUCUCGGUAUUCUUCUCCUGCCGCCUAGUGUGGGGAACCUAUCAGUCGGUCAAGGUAUUCGCAGAUAUCUUCAAUGCACUAAGCCAAACACGCGCUUCGUCUACUCUCCGUGAACCGUUCAACAUUUAUACAAUGGUCUUCCAGGCCCGAAAUACUUCACUUUGCAUUGAUGAGUCGUGCAUUAAGGCCAACAAUGAAAUAUCCAAAUUUGCCAGCCACCAGGAAAGCGGUAUACCACUCUGGCUGGUUCUUACAUACCUAAGCAGCAACUUGGUUCUCAACUCACUGAACUUCUACUGGUUCUCGAAGAUGAUUGAAGCGGUGACGAAGAGAUUCAAAACUUCUGCUGACGGAAAGGCCAAGAAGGAAAUUUCCUCACCAAUAACAGAGAAGGAAGCAGAAGCCAUGGUCCUCGAUGCUGCGGCUACGCUCGAAGAAAAGGAGAGAGUCUUCAUCAAUGGCGGCAUGGAAGAGGAUGGGUCUGAGGAUAAGAAGCAAGGGAUCAUUGCUUCCGCUGAGCCUCAGAAUAGGACCCCUGGCGUUAGGAGACGGAAGGCGUAGGGCAAUUUGUAUCUGUUUUGAUGAUCCCGGUUGUAGGUGUCUUUUCCCUUUAUGAAUAUUCUUCGCAAAGAGAAAUAUGGGUUGAUGGGAGUGUCUCUGCUCUUUUAUUGCAUGUAUGGCUCGUUAUGGGUUCAGUUUAUCUGGGUGUCUCUGUGUGGUGGGCUAGAUCGGUGCCUAUAUCUCUCUGCUGGUUCUUUUU